AUGGUCAAAAACGUAUGUAAUAUCAUUAUUAUGACGCCAGAGCAUGCGGAACCUGGAUAUGCAUCAUUCUUUGAGUUUGGACGGGUGGUCUGUCCGCCAACGCCUCCCAGCCAGGGUCAGUGGGUAAUAAAAAUGCCACCUGUGGCUGUUUGCGAGUUGUUAGUGGGCGGCAUGACCUGCGCCGCCUGCACGGGAGCCGUUCAAAGCAGUCUGAUCAAAUGCCCUGGCGCCAUUCAAGCUCAAGUGGACCUUUUGAGGGAAACUGCACGCGUCGCCUACAACAGUGAUGUUAUAAGCCCGGCUGAACUUUGCGCAGCAGUCGAAAGCCUGGGUUUUCACGCACAAGUCCUGCAGAUAUUCGUGGCAAAUAACCCGAGCCCGUCCGCUGAAAGCAGCCUCAGAACCACAACAGACUCUGCAGAACAAUCAACGGACGAGCAACAGGAGGUUUCGAAAGAACUGUUGGUGGAUGGAUCGGCUGCAGGGGGAUGCAAAGAGGUGGAGCUGCGGCUCCCUCAAUGUCAAGAAGCAACGCAGCAAGCGCAUGAUUUCAAUGAGCUUUGGGCCAUGUCAAAGGCCACACUUCGUCUCGCGCUAACAGAGCGUCAGGGCUUAUCUGUCGAAUCCGCCUGCAGCAGUCUGAAGAGCAGCAACGGAGUUAUGGGCUGUGUAGUCACCUCUCAGAGAGGCGUUGAGGCAACUGGCACGAAACAACUGAUGGUGACCUACAGACCCCAGAAGGAAACUGUUCUGGGGAACCAAAGGGCUAUGCUCGGCUCCCUGCUGUUCUCACUUAUACCCGCCCUCGCUGUCGUCUGCAUCUCCGUCAUGGCCAGGACUGACAAGCUUCCGCCCGUGUUUUUCUUCCACCAAGCGGCUUUGAAGGGCUUGCGACAUGGACAGUUCAGCAUGGACCUCCUCGUGUCCCUCGGGAGCAACUUGGCCUUCUUCUACUCCGCCCUGUCGUGCAUGCAGUCGGCAGCAACACGCGUGUGGUGCAAGCCGCUGCUGUCUGCGGCGGACGUUGCAGUAGCAACAGCAGCGGCAGCAGCAGCGCAUCCUGGAGCUACCAACCCUGGUAACCACAGCAUCAGCCCAUUCUAUGAACUUCUGGAAGGGGCAGAACCUCAGGUCUUCUUAGACACCUGCGUCAUGCUCAUCUGCGUCGUCCUACUUGGCAAAUUGCUGCAGCUGCGAGCAAAGGCCCGGAUUCUGGAGCAGCUACACAGCCUCCACAGCCUGCAGGUGCGGUCGGUGAAUUUGGUGCUCCGUUCGACAGACGCUGCAGUUGCGCGUUGCCUGCAGCAGGUGGUUCCUCCGUCUGCUGCUGCAUCAGGAGAAGCACAAGGGGUGAACAGCAGCUCGUCGCUGGAAGCGCUGCUGAAGAUAGCCAACGCUGCUGCAGCAGAUGCCUCAGACGACGGCCUGCAACAGCCCGCCGCACCGCUGCAGUGGUGGCAGAAGGUCUUAGUCGCAUGCGGAGUGCAAAGAGGAAGAAUUAUAAACAAUAUGUACAACCCGCUCACUCAGCCCGCCUCUUGGGGUGUUGCAGAUGCAGACGAAGCAGAUGAGGCACCCGACAGCGGCAAACCCUCCUGCUGCUGCAAGCAGAAGAAAGACCUGCUCGGAGAAGAAGAAGAAACAGCAGAAGAACCGGAGAUACAAACGACACAGAGAAAUGAUCCUGAGGAAAUCACCAUCAGCGCUGAACUGCUGCAGGCCGGGGACAUCGUCAGGGUCCCUCCCCAGGAAGUUCUACCAGCGGACGGAAUUCUACUAGCCCCCUCUCUACUGCAUGUAGACGAGCGGCUCCUCUCAGGGGAGGGCCGCGGGGUCUGCAAGGUGGCGGGGCAGCGGGUUAUUGGGGGCAGCCGAAACGCUUCGCAUGCAGACGCCUUCGUUCAGAUCCAGGUUGGCGAUUCGUCCGUGCUGCAGACACUGUUGCGACUGGUGGAGACGGGGCAGCAGCAGCAGCAGCCGCUGCAGAAGGCUGCUGAGAAGUUUGCUACUUAUUUUAUUCCCAUAGUAUUGUGCAUCACUGCUGUUGCAGUGGUUUCCUGGGCUGUUAAAGUCUUUGCUGCUGCACACACACUCCCCCUGUCUCCGCUGCAGCAGAUGCGGCAGCGUCUGCAUGAGUUGGAGCUCAGGGAGGGUGUAUCCGGCAGCGAGAUGCAGCAGAAGCUGCAGCAGCAGCAUCAGCAGCAACAGCAGCACUUUGAAACCCAAGGCAUUUUCUUAACAGCAACUGGCCCGGCUCGUUCUACCCCCAUAUCUCCUCCUAUUUUGGGGGAUACUCCUGUGUCUGCGCAUGAAGCAGCAGCAGCUGCUGCAGCAUGUCGACUCUCCAGCUGGGUAUUAACAUGGGAUAGCCUUUUGUUUGCGCUUCGCUUUGGGGUGGCUGUCUGCUGCGCCGCCUGUCCAUGCGCUAUCGGAUUAGCUGCUCCUGCUGCUGUGGCUGCAGCAACUGCAGCAGCAGCAGCACGAGGAGUCUUCUUUAAAACGGGAAAGGCACUCGAAGCAGCAGCAAAUGUCAACUGUCUUGUUGUAGACAAAACAGGAACACUCACCACAGGCGAACUCAGACAACAGCAGCAGCAGCAGCAGCAGCAGCAGCAGCAGCCGCAGCACAAGGAUGAGCGAACAUACUCCAUCACCGUCCGACAGCGUCACCAGCUCGCUGGCCUGCGAAUCAAUCGUCACCCUUGA